UAGAAGCCAAGUAAGUAAGGACAUGUAUUGUAUCCUAUCUACAGGAGAACAACGUGUUUUAUUCUUUAUGUUGGAUUUCUACAUAGAAAAACGCAACUGCCUCAAUUAAGUGCGCAUUUAAUAAUGGAUGAUGCUGAUUACUUCCAAAAUUUCACUUAUAUUAUCACUUUCAAUGAAAAUAGUACAGAAAUAGAAAGUGAAGAAACUGCGAUAACUUUGAUAAACGAUACUUCUAUAGCAGAAGCCAUAACUACAGCGUUUAUCUUGGGUAUCUUAAUCAUCUGUACAAUUGUAGGUAACAUCCUCGUUAUCAUAUCUGUUUUCACGUACAAACCGUUGAGGAAUGUACAGAAUAUGUUUCUCGUAUCCCUGGCUGUGGCAGAUAUUACCGUAGCAGUACUCGUAAUGCCAUUCAACGUGGCUUAUUCUAUAAUGAAAAAGUGGGUUUUCGGUUUAAGAGUAUGCGAAAUGUGGUUAACGUGUGACGUUCUCUGCUGUACUGCUUCAAUACUUAAUUUGUGUGCCAUAGCUCUCGAUCGAUACUGGGCCAUACAUGACCCUCUUAAUUACGCCAGGAAGAGGACGUUAAAUAGAGUGAUGACUAUGAUAUUUUUAGUUUGGGUAAUAAGUGGAUUAAUUUCGGUUCCUCCUCUGUUCGGUUGGAACGAUUGGCCCGACAUGUUUACCGAAGACACUCCAUGCCAAUUGACAGCAGAAAGAGGUUACGUCAUAUAUUCAGCUAGCGGUUCCUUCUUCAUACCCCUCAUAAUCAUGACUUGCGUUUAUUUUAAGAUAUUCCAAGCUGCUAGACGAAGAUUAAGAGUCAAAAUUCGAAAUGCGGGGGAAAUCACUAAAGGCGAUAAAUCGAAAGAGAAAGUUGUUGAAACUCUCUCCGUUAUGGUUCAAAAGGAACUAGAAAAUUCAGCCACUUCGAUUUAUCCCGGUUCGAUAUCAAUUCAAGACGAAAUAUCUGAUGUUCCACAGGACAAAGAAACGGCCUUUUCUGUAAACGGUAAUACUAAAGGAAAUUCUGUACAGUCUGCUCCAUCGAGUGUCAAAAAAUAUAUGGAAGAAAAGCAAAGAAUAUCUCUCGCUAAAGAAAGGAGAGCCGCUCAAGUUUUAGGAAUCGUUAUGGGUGUCUUUGUCUUAUGUUGGCUUCCAUUUUUCCUAAUGUAUGUUAUUUUACCAUUUUGUAACAAUUGUUUCAUUUCAGAUCGAGUUGUAAAUUUUAUCACGUGGUUAGGUUAUAUUAACUCUGCCCUAAACCCGGUCAUAUACACUGUUUUCAAUUUGGAUUUCCGUAGAGCUUUUGUCAGAAUUCUUUGUAGAAAUGUCAAAUAAAUAAUAUAACUUAAAAUUCGAUAUGUUUAUAUCAGGUAAUGAUGUUUUGAAAAUGAAAUAUCUAAACUAAAAUCAGGUUGAAAGAAUUAAA